CAGACCAAAACAGCUGCAGAGUAAAUUUCGAGCACCUGUAAUAAAACAUUUGUCUUCUUAUAUGGCGUGACGUAGUUUAAACACAUAGCUCAACAUUUAGUUAUAGAGUAAGCUAAAUGAAGAUGGCCAACAUAUCAACAAUAAACUGGCUGUUCGUGUGCGGCCUGUCUUUUUGUAUAGGGGCCAUUGCGGUGCUCAGUUUUAUGCCGCUCAGCUCAGACUGUAUAUGUCCGCUGAAGAACCCUCUAAGUAGCCUAAUUGGAGAAGAGCAGGCGAAGGAGAAUGUAAUCAACAUGGAAUCGGGACAUAAAAUGGCAAUUUUGGUACCAUUUCGGGACCGGUUCGAGGAGUUACUCCAAUUUGUGCCGCAUCUGACGAAGUUUUUACGUAAACAAGGCGUCGAGCACCAUAUAUUUGUGCUAAAUCAAGUAGACAGAUUCCGAUUCAAUCGUGCUUCACUUAUCAAUGUUGGGUUCCAUUUCACCAGCGAUGUUUACGACUAUAUUGCCAUGCAUGACGUGGAUCUACUGCCACUUAACAAAGACUUAUUAUAUGAGUAUCCCAGUAGCUUGGGGCCCCUGCACAUUGCUGGACCCAAAUUGCAUCCGAAAUACCACUACGAUAACUUUGUUGGUGGCAUUCUGUUAGUGCGUCGCGAGCACUUCAAUCAAAUGAAUGGAAUGUCAAACCAAUACUGGGGCUGGGGAUUAGAGGACGACGAAUUUUUUGUGCGCAUUCGGGAUGCUGGUUUGCAGGUCACGCGUCCCCAAAACAUAAAGACUGGCAUCAAUGAUACUUUUAGCCAUAUACACAAUCGCCACCAUCGCAAACGGGACACACAAAAGUGCUUUAAUCAGAAGGAAAUGACACGAAAGAGGGACCACAACACAGGCCUAAAUAACGUCAACUACAAAAUACUUAAGGUACAUGAUCUAUCGAUCGAUAAGAUAAACAUAACGGUUCUUAAUAUAUUACUUGAUUGUGAUGUAAAUAAAACGCCUUGGUGCGACUGCUCGGGAACAGCAGCAGCUGCUUCCGCCGUACAAACCUAGUUAUAAAUAGAAGAAAAAAUGCCAAGUUUUGUCCAUUUUGCC